UGCGAUGACGACGACGAUCGCACUCUGGCGACAGUGGCGCACCAACGGCCUACACACUCGCGUACCAAAGGCAGCAGACGACGGCGGGAACGACCGUACGCCCGACCAGCCCGACCGUCCAGUUUGAUUAGAACAAUUUGGAUGAUAACAGUCCAUUCCCGAUCUACGGCUGAUUCGGAUGAUUCGGGCUAAUCUGAUUACUCGAUCCCGUGCUGCCAGCCGAUCGGUACACCGCAUCGGACGCUCCCGCGUGAGACUACACUAGAGUGCGCGAAUCCUGCUGUGCGUGUGUUGCUUUUCCCGCAAGGAUACGAUCGGUUUUGCGGAUGUAGAGCGUGGCGUGCUGUGAGCCUUGCUGUCCAUCGAAGCGAUGUAGUGGCCAACUUUAGACGGAAUCGUCGUGCCCAGUUUCGAAAGUGCGUGUCGUGUGACAUCAGAGUGACCGCCGAAAGUGACCGCGCGUACGGAUAUCAAUUGGAUUAGCAUUAAAUUGAACGCAGCACAUUAGCGCGCACCAUCCCCCGGCCUAAACUCUGGGUACCCAUUACAAGUGAUUUAUUCAAAUUAUGAGCCGCAAAAAGUUGCGCUACACCGUUGUCGCCUAACGGGCCCGGUGAUGCCCGGCAUUCUGUGCGGUUCCCAAGGUUGUCUAUAAACAAGUUUGUGCGGGAAGUUCUGUAGCUUUUACUGACGUUGUGCGGAGGUAAUUUGUGUUGUCUUGGUGCUAGUAAAGGCAAGCCUCUUCCAAUCCCACAAAGAAAGUGUACGGCUUCUCAUCACAGUGUGACUCACCGCAAAACGCGCCCGUGCGUACUGCGCUCGGUUGCGCGUGGAUGACGUUACGAAGGUGUUGGUUGAUUGGUGUGACUGUGACGUGCUCACUCGGCGCAAUUGCCCUCCGACAACAACAAGCUGGAAAUGAGUUGAACGUGUCGGGUUUGGGUCGCGAUUAUCUAAGCGUCGUAGUGCUGUUCUACGCCACCACGGAACUACGGUCAAGCGUAUGCUGCGUCGCAAGUGGAUAAGCAAAAGUGAAUGUACUACUCGGACGCAAGGAACGUCGGUGUGGCGUAUCGAUAGCGCCACGCUGCAGCUACUAAUACUACUCCUUCCGCUGCUGCUGCGUUGAUUGUGCCGGUCUGGUGUACGGUGGUGGUGUGGAGAGGUAGAAGAUCGCGAUCACGUCUUAAACCACACACCGAGGAAGCACCGAUACCGGAACGGUAGUGCCGGCAGUAUGCGGGGUAGCAUCGCCGGGAUUGAGGACGGUAUCACCGGCACACCGUUUAGGCCGAGCUACCAUGGGCUGAUGCUGGAACUGAUCGACUACCUGUACGCGUCCCUGGUGGUGGCUCCGCUAGUGGUAUGCUACUGGCGGGGGACCUGGAAUCUGAUGGGCGAGUACAUCUACCCAGCCGACCAAACUACCAGCCUGAUCGUGUCGCUAGCCAUCGGCAUUGUGGGCCACAUCGUGUUCAACAUCUUCCAGUCGACGCUGCGUCAGUAUCUGAAUGCGGACAAACAUCGGAUAGCGUACUACCUGGGGUCACGCAUGUACACCGUCAUCUACGGAGCGGUGUGCGUUAAUGGUUGGCGUGGAGGUUGGCAGCUGAUCGACCUGUACACAACACACGACGUCCUGUACGUGGUGCUCAUCACGCUGGGCUGUCUGUUUAUCCUGGCCUGUCUUAAGGGCGUACGCAACGUGAUGGGGACGCCGUUCCUCAUCAUCAACGACUCGCGACGGGAGUACUUUGACGUACCGACGUACUUCAAGCUUACGGGCUCCAAAGAUCCCGGCCUGUACGUGCUCGACUGUAUGUUUAGCGUGCUAGUUAUCGGUUCGCUGGUGGUGUUUGUAUGGCGUGGCCUUUGGGUGCUUCUGGACCUGAAGCUCUUCCCAGAAGAUCAUGGCACCUCAGCAUGGGCCUCAAUAAUUAUAGGUUAUGGAGUGACGGGAGUGACCUUCUCGCUGCAGCCGCUGAUGCGAUGGACCUGCGAUCGGUUGACCGGUUUCUGGCGCGUGGUGGUCGCCGAUCUGUUCCUAUUCUUCAGCUUUAUUGGCACAAUCAACGUGUGGCGAGGCGUUUGGCAAGCGCUCGAUACAUACUUUCUGCCCAAUGAACCUCUUCUGAGCAACUGGAUAACGCACGGUGCCGCACUGCUGCUGCUGAUACUACUCAACUGCUCCAACUCGGUGCUGGUGCGCGGUGUCUACAUCGAUGCGGAAGAACCUGCCGGCCAGUGUGUCGUGUUCCCGGUCUACUACAUCCGACUGUUCUUCCAGAAGGAGCGCAAGAAGAAGCAACGCCGCUUGUUCGAUGCACUCGAGCGGGCCGAUCUUAACAGCACCAGUGGUGUGCUGCAGGACAAGAAGCAUCAUCACCAUCAUCAAGAUCAUAAGCCUGCGCAGCAACAGUCACAGCAGCAGCAGCAAAAGGAGCCUCAGCAUCACAUCACUGCGGACCAGAACCAUCAGGUGAUCCGCAACCUGGAAGCCGUGCCCCUUACCAUAAUCGACGAUCCAAAGAGCAACGGUGAUCACAGUAGUCAAGCGCCUAGAAUGUAAGCCCUACCGCGUAAGAAAGCACGUUGGACGUAGCCGUUUCCAGCACUGAAGCACUGAGGCUCUAGCACUAGCUCAAUAGCCGGGCUAUGGAGGUGGAGCCAGCAAGUAGAACAACAUUCCCAACACUCACCCCCUACGUUUUGUGUAUUAAUGUAUUACUCGUAGCGAGCGUAGUAGUCCGCCGAGACUUUACUCGCCCGCUGCAUGCAUUCCACGCAAAGUAUUCAAUUGCUUAAAAGAGAUAUCUUAUAUCGUUUCUAUCGUCGAAAAUCCCUCACAAAUUUGCAAUCCAUUCCGCAACUUUAUGCAUGCAGUGUCCUUAUACGUGUUUAGGCCCUUUACGUAUAGAAGUCUCUGGACCAAGAAAACCCCCUAGCAGUAUACCUAGUAGCAGAUGUAUGUUUUAGCCGUGUAAGUGACCGUUAGAGCGUAUCUUUAAGAUGUUUUUAAUCGAAUUAAGGACUCAUACUCGCUAAAACAAAGGCCGGGGACGCUAUUGUAGCAGUACCACGUGCGCGCUAACAAAAAAAAUGUAACCAUUAAGUUGCGACCAGCAGAAAAAAAGGACGGAAUGCACAUACACACACACACGCAAGGGCACCAUCGAUGCCUACUAUUUAUAAAUGGAACCACUCCUUCUAAUGCGUUUUGUAAAUAUACCACUGAUCGAAAAUUCAUCACCCCAAA